GCCAUUUUGUCAGCCAUUUCCUGCACUGCUCGGUUGCCAGCGUCUCUGCACAGUACAGGACGCCCCGUCUGGCCUCAGCUUCAUCUGCCCGGGCUUCGUAAACAGCAGCCGAUCUUGCACACACGGUCUCGGGUUGAUGAGACACAGCCUAGAGGGUCGCCCGGCACCCACUCGACCCCCAGGAAGGCGCUCGGCCCCGCGAGACAGCAGCGGUACAAGUCAGAGGCAGCAGCCAUGGCUCUGAAGAUUGUCAAAGGGAGCAUCGAUCGGAUGUUCGAUAAAAACCUUCAGGAUUUAGUACGUGGCAUCAGGAAUCACAAGGAGGAUGAGGUAAAACGACCACCGGGGCAAACACUGUCGCUUGGCACGUUUUAAAACCCACAUUCAUGAGUGUUUUUAGCUCCGGUCAUACAUUACCGUUAUCAUUGACCAGCUAGCUACCGUCAAGCUGAGUAAAUGAACGUUAGCGUUAGGUAGGCUGGUCAGCUAACGUUAGCGCCUGCCCAGUCAUUUCACCCGCUAGCUAACUCCGACUCCAAACAGCUUUAUUUUUCACACAGGCCAGUGUAGCCGACGUGUUAAUUUGACGUUUGUGAAGUAAAAAAGCACGAGUUAACAUACUGUUUGGUUUCAAUAAAAGUGGCAUAUUAUUAACGACGACUGGCUAACUCACCUAGUUAGAGGAAGCACCAUUUAGUAGGAGAUUACUGUUACAAGAGAUCAUACCUGCUUAUGUGAUCUUUCCUCUAACUACAGCUAACUUGAUCAAUUGUCCUCCUUAAUUGAGAUGUUAUUAUGAUAGUACACUAACUUGUUCAGUCUGAAGGGAUGGAUAUGAUAGGAUAUGAUGCUCUGUGCACUCUAUGUGGAAGAGGCCUGAUUUAGGUGUAAGUUAGAUAAACACAUUUGGCUGAUAAAUGUUCUGGAUGUUGAUGUUAAUAUUAAAUUUUCAUUUAGCUGUACAAAUAUGAGAAUAUUUUGAAUGAGUCAGCACACCUUUAUAUCAUAUUAGAAAAUCUGUAUGAGUGAUUGAAGGUGAUGUCAUCCCUGUCACAGCUCUGUGGCUGAUGAUAGACUCUUCACAACAGCAUCUAGACCUGGGUGGGAAUAGGGUGGGAUGGGCCAUUAGAGGGCACUGUUUUGGGGGAGACACUAACCCUCUCUCUCUCACUUUGGCCUGGUUAAUCCUUGUAGACUUAGCUGUAAAAUGUGGUAUCAGGGUGUAAGUAAGAUAAAGGUAUAAUACAGGAAUCCAUAGGUGGAUGUUUCAGAGAGCAGCCGUGCUGUGGACACCUGCCUCCAACUGUAGGUCUGGUGUGAAAUGUAGAGACGGCGUGUCUAACCUGAGGGCAGAAGAAGGGCUUGAUUUCUCUGUUAACGUGGCAGCUUUUUCAUGUGUACAACCUUUUUAGGAAAUGAAAUUACAACCAGGCACCAACCCUAUACACUUUUUAUAGUUAUUUUUUAACUAGUGUGGUUUGUUGUUUAGGUAUAAAACUCAGGCACUAUAUAAUGUUUAAGCCAUCAGACCUUGAUCUUUUGAUUCAGAGCGUGGGCUAAGCUGUGCACCAGUAAGUAACCUAACCUGGGCUGCCCAGAUAAUGUGGUGGUUGCCCAGUCAACAGUGGACAGUUAGCUGAAAUAUUAAUAUGUGUGUGUGUGUGUGUGUGUGUGCGAACAUCGGAGUGUGUUGACUUUUUCCAGGCCAGCUCACAGUCCCUCAUCCACUGUGUUUGUUUCUCACGUGUGUGUGCUGAACCUUUGCACAUUUCAUUCAUUCAUUCAUUCAUUCUCCCUCACAUUUGUCGCUUGCCGAUCAGCCUGACUAAAAAAUUCUUUUGAGAAUGACUGAGCAGCAGAGCAGUUCUGUGUGAGACCUAGGGAACACUUUAGGUGAAUGUAUAUCAUAAUUAAAAGAAAAGUUAUAUCUGCGUUUGACCUCAGCUGACACUGAGCCUUGAGUCGUUUGGGGCUUGGAGUUCACAUCCAGCUUAGUCUUUCUUAGUUUCUGAAAGACUGUCCUUGUUGGCCCUUUGACAACUAUUUCAAUAAUUUCACUGGGUUCUUGAAUUGUUCAUUGAAGAAGGAUGAGUAAAAUGGUGAAGUGUGUGAGUGUCCAGUGAUCAUGUGUUGAAUCCCUUCAGCCUGCUAGCCUUGGCAGCAGCACCCCCCCACCCCACCCCACCCCACCUCCUCCUGUCACUGUGCUGUCUCAUGACUACGCACACAUGACCAGCACACACUCACACGCUACAGAACUAUAUGUGUGUGUGUGCGUUUGUUUUGCAAGGUUGCUCCUCUCAACAAUAGCCAGCUGAUUGCUCUAUCUGGAGUCGAAUCAAAAGCACCUUCUGCUGAUUCCAUCGCAAGAAAUGAAGUGUGGUAUAGCAGGGAUUACAGAAACUGCUGUUUUUCAGUCAUUCAUUUUAGCGUGAGGUUCCUGUAAAAUCUAAUAUGCUAAAAUAAAAAAGGCAGUGAGUGAAUAAAACAACCUGGAUGGAGGAGCUGUGUCAUUAGGGUGAUACUUUAUAAUCAUUUGCUUCUAUCUUUUCUCUGUAUGAAUGAGCAGGGAACUUCUUGCAUUUGUUUGUUGCAGCCGUCAGACUCUGAAUGACGGCAGCAUCAUAGGAAGAAGGUCUAAUUUAAUGUCCGUCUGUAGUGGCCAUCAGAGAACAAAAUGUCCUAAGUCGAUGAGCAAGACCAAGACGUUGUCAAAAUUGAGAAUCUUAGCAAUUAAAGUAAGAAAUACAGCUGUCAGUUUAUGAAUCGGAUGACUCUAAAGGGGGCGUAACUUCAGAUUUGGUACCAGUGACUCGAGUUUGACUCAUUAAUUAAAUGUUCCAAUCAUGGAGGAAUUUCCAAUAUUUCCUGAUGCCAUGUGUGCCUUCUGAGAGCAAACUUCCAUGUUGACCUGAUGAAGUUUGGGGUCAAGUUUAGGAGUUGCCUGAUCUGACUUGUGAUUAGCAACAUGAGCAAUAAGCAAUGACAUAAAAAAACAUAACCAUUCAUAACUAUAAUUAGCUCCACCUUUGCAGGCUGAUGUCUUUUAAACGCAACAACAACAAGCAGAGCAAGAGUUUUUCCCAGCUGGUUCUUGGUGCUCAGCAGCAGCCUCCCACUCCGGAUAUCACUCCUCCACCUAAUCUGAUCUGGUGUCUGUUGUUUGUCUUCUCCUCUGUCUGCCCUCAGGCCAAGUACAUCUCCACAUGCAUCGAUGAGAUCAAACAAGAGCUCAAGCAGGACAACAUCGCCGUCAAAGCCAAUGCUGUUUGCAAGCUCACCUACGUAAGCUCUCUCUUCAUUCUCCACUCAUUCACCGACACUUCCUGUCUAUCACUUGUAGGUGAUACAGAGGAACUGAUGAACAUUGAGAUAAAACAUCUAAACUCCAUGUCUGGUUCACAGUGUGAGGCUACCUGCUUCUUUAAAAAGAUACAGACUGUGUAGCUGCUUAAUUUAACACAAUGGCAAAGUCUAGUAAGGCGAUCAAUUCUACAUUGAACACCUAAGAUUGACAAAACGGGACACCAAACAAACAACAUGGACAAAAGUUGCUUCUUUAGAUUCUAAUGCUGACCCUAGAGAAGUAUCAAAACAGUCUUUUACAGAUCUGUUUCAACUUUUUUCAUUCUAAAUUAUUUAGCAAACUAAAGAAAACACUUUUUUUUAAAAAUGGAAUUCCAGUUGCAAUGUGCAUGACACAGCCCUCCUGAGUUACUUCCUCAUUGUCCAGAAUUAACCAACAGUAGAGAUCUGUCUGAUAUCGCGUCAGUGUAGCUCCCCUCUUCAUCAUUCAGAGAGCUGAAUGCUGUGCGUGUCGCUGUCACAGAUACCUCAGCAAACGUCUAAUUAAAAACGACAGACUUGAAGGUGGUGUGUUCUGACGUGCGCCGACCACCACAGAAAGCUUACUUUUAGCAGCCACACUUGCAGCUCAAUUACAGUGCGCUGUUGUGAAAAUCAAAUGGAGAAGAAAACUGCAAGUUUUGGUUUAAUCAGAAGUCAUCAUCUCGGGACUUGUGACACAGAUUCAACAUAAUUUUAAACACUGUCAGAAAUUACUGAUGAUGUGUAAGUUAGUCUUUUUUUAAUUGGAAAUCCCGUCACACCACCUGUACUCCUUCCCUUGUGUCUGCUUUUCCAUGCAGGUAUCAGAUCAGCUGUCAGAGGGCUGAACACUGUGUGGUGAAAAGUAGGAAGGGGGGGUUGUAGAAAAAAGACCAAAGGUUAAAAUUUAAUAUAUAUUUAAAACUGUAUGAUUAAAAAAUGUGAUUGUUUCUGAAAUAAAUUGCAUUAUUUGGUAUAAAUUCCUGUUUUUGUCAUAUAAUUUAAACGACAGAAAGGAACACAUGGAAGUAGUUUUUUCACUGUUGUGUAUCCGUAUUGUGUUGGCACGCACACAAUGAAAAACCCCGACCGUGUGUGGCAACUGUAAAAGGUAGCCACACACAGACUUUGUCCUUUGUUCAUUACCUUCAAAUCAAAAAGCAUAAUAAAUUCAAAGUCAGUCUCCAUCAAAGGAAAAUAACAUGAAUUGGAUAGAAAUGAUUCAGUAAAUUUUCACAAAACAGGUGUAAGGCUCCAUCAGCCUCUAAUAAGUCAGCGCUCAGCUGUUUGACCAGCAGCCUGUACGUCCUGACAACAGCGUACAAUUUCUGCUAAAAUGAAAGCACUUCUAUUUAUGUCCCGGACCCACCUUUGGGUUCUAGUGGCUUCAUGCAAUUGUGUGAUCGAAUCAUUUAGCCUCUGUGUGUGCCCCAGGAACAGUUCGGAGCCCCUCUUCUCCAUUUGUUCACUCGUAUCUAUCUUUGUCUCUUUUCUUCUCUGCUCUACAGCUUCAGAUGCUGGGUUAUGAUGUCAGCUGGGCCGCUUUCAACAUCGUUGAAGUCAUGAGCUCCUCCAAGUUCACAUACAAGGUAGAACGGGUGUAAAACCAGAGUCUUGGAAAAAUAGGACCCUGUGGUGAUGAUACAAAGUCUGCAGUCCGCAAAAUGUAGAUUUAUCAGGGCAUUGAUUAUUGUGGUACAGUCUGUAAACCUUCCUGUUCUGCAUUAUUGAAGUUUCUUUUUCCACAUCAUUACGUACCUAGAAACAGCAAGAAAUAAUUGUUGCAGCACAUUUAGUGUACUGUGAAGGUAAAUCCCUUUAGAGCUGCAGGCGGUUAUGAAUUUUAGUGAUGAUAGCAUUGUACUGGAAUGAAAAAUAUGCAGCUGCAUAGUUAGGAGGAAGCAGACCGCUGCAUUAUGUCUGCUUCUCGCCCUACAGAGGAUUGGCUACCUGGCAGCCUCACAAUGCUUUCAUGAGAGCACUGAUGUCAUCAUGCUGACAACCAAUCAGAUCCGAAAGGUCAGUAAAUUUCAUCGCUCUGUGCCUUUUUAUUUAUUUAUUUAUUUCUCUUUGUUUAUCCCACAGCUUGUCUGCUUUUAUGGACUGUACCUGUCAUAUUUUCUCCUCUAGGAUCUCAGCAGUCCAAACCAGUAUGACACAGGUGUUGCUCUGACUGGUCUCUCUUGUUUUGUGACCCCUGAUCUGGCUCGAGACCUGGCUAAUGACAUCAUGACACUGGUGAGUCACGGAGAAUGCUGUAUUUACUUUUUCUGGCUGCAGUUGUUUUCCUCUUGAAUUUCUUUGCUUUGCAGCCAGUAAGAGGUGUUUUUGCAGUUAAUACAUGUCUUUCUCUUCCUUAGAUGUCCCACACUAAACCCUACAUCAGAAAGAAAGCGGUGCUGAUUAUGUACAAGGUGUUUUUGAAGUAUCCAGAGUCCCUGCGGCCCGCUUUCCCCAGGCUUAAGGAGAAACUGGAGGAUCCAGACCCAGGUACGAGCGAAGAACACUGCGCGCUGUCUGAUAUGAGUAACAGUGUAUAGUUAUGAAAGAUGAGGAAAUUGUUUGCAAGUUCUUUUAGUUGUCUUGGUAUUUGACAAAUUUGCUGUCUUGUUAUUUGAGGUUGCUAAAUGUCAGACACUGCUGGUAGUCUGAAGAACGGGCAUUCUCUGUCACCUGAGCCGUAUGAAUUAUUUAUCAUCUAAGAGGAUGAGAUUAAAGACGGAUCAUUUGUUGUCUUGCCAGGACUGUCUGGGAAUGCAGACCCAUUCAGAGGACAUUUUCUGUCAAAUAGACAAAAGCAUCUCACAGGGUGUUUAUAAGGCACGUAAUGCCUGGAAGUACUAUAAUUAAAUGUGUGUCAGUGUGCCAUUAUUUGAUGGGUUGAGAUAAAAGCAGGUUUCAGCUCUUGUUAAAAAAAUGAUCUAAGUAGGGUGUUGAUGUCAUUUUAUAUCAUUUUUCAGGUGUCCAGUCUGCUGCAGUAAAUGUUAUAUGUGAGCUGGCACGAAGAAAUCCCAAGAAUUACCUGUCUCUGGCCCCUCUAUUCUUCAAACUCAUGACCUCCUCUACUAAUAACUGGGUUCUGAUUAAGAUCAUCAAGCUGGUGAGUCAACAGGAAAUGGAAAUGACUUUUAAAGAUUCUGUUUUAGUGAGAAAAAUACUCACAAGGUUUAAGGUCGGAUACUGAGAACCGGUUUCCUUUUUGGAUCCGGUUCCUAAUGUCUGGUUCUGGAAGCAUUAAGCAGAUGUUUGAAUUUCGAUUUAGAGUAUCGCACCAAUCAUAUGAAAGAUUACAGUUGCUGCCAAUCAGCUAUAAUUUAUGAUAAAACUGUGAUUUUAAAUAAAAGGAGAUUACAGCGUGUGUCACAACACUUUGUGUCUGUCUUUCACAGUUUGGUGCUCUCACACCGCUUGAGCCACGGUUGGGAAAGAAGCUGAUCGAACCUCUGACCAAUCUUAUCCACAGGUGAGAUGAAACCCCUCCAACACAAACUUAUCAUUGGUAAUAAGCUAUUAACUCAGGUGUAAUAAUUUCCACUCUUUCUUUUUUUGCCUGUCUUCAUCUCUUACAGUACCUCCGCCAUGUCUCUGCUGUAUGAAUGUGUCAACACUGUUAUCGCAGGUCAGUUCUGGCGUUUUGUGUGCAAUGUGGCGGCCUCAUGUUGCUGAUUGUGUUAAUGGUAGAGUUGGUUGUAAUGCCAGAAUUUCCCCUGUGUGCUUUGACUAUAGGUCUUUUUCUUUCUUAUCAUUUUUUUCACUUUAUAGAUGCACCUUUUUGUAUUCUUUGCAAAAACCCAUAUCUUGAAAUGCUUAUGUUCUUCUCAGUCAGCUCUAACUGCAUCUCUGUCCCACAUUGCAGUGCUGAUUUCUCUGUCCUCUGGGAUGCCUAACCACAGUGCUAGUAUCCAGGUAAGCCCCCCGAGGUCAGAUUAAACAUCUUCUCUUUUUUUGUGGUCAGAUGUUGAGCAUAACUCCUUUCCACUCCAGUUGAAUCACACUGCAUGCUUCCACCAGAGACACAGUAACUAUCACCAACAUGACACCAAGACUCACAGAGCUACGCAAAAUAGGCCCCAUUCCCUCACUUUUGAUUUUUGUCUCGUUUAAGUCUUUUAAAGUGCGCUCAUAUGACAACACUGAAACUGGUGUGGAAAGGUUUUCAACGGUGUUAAUGUCUCCCCUCCUUUUUUCUCUCUCGCUCUCUCUGUCUCUCUCUCUUCUAGCUCUGUGUGCAGAAACUGCGAAUCCUGAUAGAAGACUCGGACCAGAACUGUGAGCCCUCUGUCAAUGCCUGCAGUGUGUCAUUUUCUCAUUGUCUGCGUGUUUCUGACUGUGGAACAGUCCGCCCUUUAGACGAAAACACCGUAGAGCCCCUGACUCUGGAUAGCUCGAACAUUAUUACCUUUUCAUUCAUAAUUAGCUAACCGGCUAAGAAUGCCAUUUCACUCGAGUCACAUCUGCUCCAUUUGUUGAUUCAAUCUGAACUGGGGGAAAAGCUUCCCUGUCGGUUUUUCCUCAAACAUAAGGCUUGGCUCUGCAAAUAAACACCCUUGCUCACAUCUAGGUGGAGCUGAGUGUUCGACAUCCAGACAUUCGAGUUAUCUGGACACUUGUACAUAGAUAGUUGUGUUUUGCAUAGACUGUAGAACGCUGAUGUUAUUAGAACAAACAGUGAACUUGUGGUUUCAGGUUUUGUUUAUCCUUUCACCACACCUCUGAAAGUCAUACUUGUGAUAUGACGUGUUCAAAUAGAUUGAUGAGCUGACAGAUCAUGCCUCUCCUUGAUUAUAAAGAUGCUCUGCUGAUAAGACCAGUUAAGUUGAGCUGACAGAGCAGAUACAGCAUUAAAAAGAAGUCAUGUUGAGGAUCUAUCACAGAUUUCGAGAUAGAUUCGAGUAUUUUAAGUAGAGUCAUGAUAAACAUAGGUGAUACGCAUACAGCAGCAUGAAAUAGCCUACAAAAAUAGAAUAAUCAAUCAUGACUAGUAUGUUGUCUGGGUUGAUGUUUUCAUGCAUUAUUUGUUGCUGCAGCCGCUGCUGUCACCUUUUCCAUAGCAGAGGUAGAUUUGUCUGCAGCCGCAGCCGCCCUCAGGCUGCGUCCCCAGCUAUUUCUGCAACGUCUGCACUUCAGUGACCAGCCUGACCUCACACACGCACUUAUUGAUCCAAGAACCUGAGAGGCAUUUGUCUCUGCCAGAUUCCUUGACGGGCAGAAUUGCAUGAUUCAGCAGGUUUUCUGAGUCUUUAAAAGUCUGCGUGCUGAGCGGGAAAAGCUGCUGGGAAGACUGCAAAGGAGAAGGCAAAACAAAACUGCUGUGUCCAGUGUGUGUGUGUGUGUCCUGUGUGGGUGUUUGUGUGUCUCAUUUGCAUGUAUGUUACGUGUUCUUUUCCUUUUGUGUUAUGUAGUCUCUUAUUUUCAUGUUUUUUUUAAAGACAGCACUAUAGCAAUUUAAUGAAAUAGUGUUUAGAUAUAGAUAUUUCUCUGUUCAUUCGACUGGACUUGCUGCUGAGAGGUUUAGUAUGUCAUGUUUUCAAGAAGUUCAGAUUUAUUGAAUCCUAAAGUAUCUAAAAAAGCACUUUGUGUUCAGGCAGAAAUUUGAACUUUUUUACUGCAUUUCCAAUCAGGUUAAAUUUAUCUCAGAUCAGGUGAGACAAAAUAUAACAACAUGUACCUUGUCUUUAUGGGCACAGAAAGUGAAGGAUACAAUUACUCUAUUCUGAAGGGUACUGAGGCCAUGUGUGUAUGAUUUUUCAGUGAAGUACCUGGGUCUGCUGGCCAUGUCGAAGAUCCUGAAGACCCACCCAAAGUCAGUGCAGUCUCAUAAAGACCUCAUCCUGCAGUGUCUGGAUGACAAGGACGAGUCCAUCCGCCUGAGAGCUCUGGACCUGCUCUAUGGCAUGGUAUGAUACAAAGACACUUUGUUUCACUCAUCGGCAAACAUGAGCAUUAACCGUCUAAUUUUGAUUUGAAGUGAUGUCGCAUAUCCAGAUUUUUAGUCGGCACUUUCACCGGCAGCAGGUGGUUUUGAUUCUGUUAUAGUAGAUGGUAAUUUAUAAUGACAGAUGAAGCUCUGAAAAAUGUUUGCUGCUCAAGACGCUAAGUUGAUAGAGCUCUGUUGGAGAAGUUUCGUUAACUCCAUUCACACAUUCAGACUUCACGCUCAUUGACGCGUCCCUCAUCCGCAGGUCUCCAAGAAGAACUUGAUGGAGAUCGUGAAGAAGUUGAUGCUGCAUGUAGACAAGGCAGAAGGAACCACCUACAGAGACGAGCUGCUCACAAAGAUCAUUGACAUCUGCAGCCAGAGCAACUACCAGUACAUCACAAACUUUGAAUGGUCAGUCUCACAGCUCCCUGCCCUAAAUCUUCCUCUUCUUAAAUGUCCCUCCAUAUUCUAUUUCAGUUUUGAGCUUCAUGGCAUAUUUUUCAUCUACAACCUUUUGUAUCUGCCUGACAGGUACAUCAGUAUCCUGGUGGAGCUGACCCGAUUAGAGGGCACACGGCACGGCCACCUUAUUGCCUCUCAGAUGCUGGAUGUCGCUAUUCGGGUCAAAGCCAUCCGGGUCUUUGCUGUUGCCCAGAUGGCCACUCUGCUGGACAAUGCCCACCUGUUGACAGGCAACAUGCAGCGAAAGGGCAUCUGUGAAGUCUUGUACGCUGCAGCCUGGAUCUGUGGGGAAUUCUCAGAGUAGGUUGAUUCAUCUGACUGGGAUACACACACAUUUUAGUAUAAUUUGAUAAAGUAGAAAAAAAGACAAGAAGUGAAACCGCUCCUCGGCUCUUAGUUUCCUGCCAUUUUUUACACAAGAAGUACUGUUAACUUGGUGUCAACCAUAAUUUAACAACCAUGUUUAAAUAAUUGAUGACUGCCCUGGCAAUGAGGUAUCCGAUGACUGCACCCCCUGUGAUAAUGAAUCCAUAGGGAAACAACAAACUCGCUUUUAGUCUGGACUUUUACUAACUUAUCAGAAUGACCGACUCUUCCUGAGAACCUCUCAAUUUGUAUCCAAACCUGUGUCACUUGAUUUCACUUGCCUUGUCUUUUAAAAAGUCAAAAGUUAAAAAAGGCUUCCAUUUUCACUUUGAGUUGUAACCAAUUACCAACUAAAAUAUCUACUAUUUUGGUUGUUGGAAACAUGUUUUGAUAAGAUCAACCAGGACUAACAGAUUUGACAAUCACAGCUAUUGAUACUGUCUUAAAGUAUUACAUCAGGACCAUGCUUGAAAGUGCCAGAAUUUUCUUUUAAUUGCCCAUCUUUUUUUUUUUUUUUUUUUUUUUUACAUAGACAUCUGGAGAACCCCAUGCAGACACUAGAGGCCAUGCUGCGACCAAAGGUGGCCACUCUACCAGGCCAUAUACAAGCAGUGUAUGUGCAGAACGCAGCCAAGCUGUUCGCUACAGUGCUGAAGAGUCAAGAAGGCAACACUGAAAGCACAGCAGCGCAGGAAACCAGCCAGCUGAUGAUAGACAGACUGCCAUUGUUUGUCCAGAGCGCCAACCUGGAGGUGCAGGAAAGAGUAAGUCAAGAGAUUUCCAUAAACUAUAAUAAAGCAGAUGCCAACUUUACGAACAUACUUCUCUUUACACCUGGUACUUAGCUCUUAAUCCUCACAUCUGUUUCAUCUUCUGCCGUGUCCUCAGGCGUCCUGCAUCCUGCAGCUGGUCAAGUACAUACAGAAGCUGCAACAGAAAGAUGUAGAAGUAUCAGAGGAGGUCAGCGCCCUGUUUGCUGGAGAACUCAACCCUGUGGCCCCCAAGGCACAGAAGAAAGUGCCUGUCCCCGAAGGGUAGGUUUUAUUCUAUACUUAUGAAACAGAAAUACAUUGUGACUAUGAUCAAUACCAUCACAAGAUUGUGAAAUAACAAUGUUCAUACUAUCAAGGUCCACCAACAUGAUUACCUGAAUUCUCUGAAUAUUGUCUGGGUAACAAAUGACUGUGUUUUUUUUUUUGUGCAGUCUGGACUUGGAUGCAUGGAUCAAUGAGCCACCAUCUGAAAGCGAGUCUGAGGAUGAGCAGCCCAAGGCUAUUUUUGCCAAGGAGGAGCCCAAGCACUCCCGCCCCCGACACACAGAGGUGGAUGAGAAGGAGCUGGCAAGGGUAAGCUAGUCAAUAAUUGAGCGCAACAUUGCAGUAUUAAAAAAAGCAGUGCUAUUUUAUGAAUAGUCUAAAUGCAUACAGUCGUGAAAUAAAUGAGGACUCACCUUUUCAAACUGUUUAUUUUCAGGUGUUCUGAGAGACAACCCUCUUAUCUUUACAGCUUUUAUGAUAACAUCAAAAUCUGUUGUUUGCAUUUUCAGUUUUAUUGUCAGUUCAUGGCUCAGAGUGUGAAGUUUAUUGGCAUUUAGUAAAGCAGACUUUGCAGAAAUGAAAUGUAGUUGGUGUAAAAUCAGCUGAAUGCAGAAAUAGUUCACUUAGAAGCUUUUAUAUACAUCGUCUGGCACUACUACUAUCUGGCACUGGCAUGUCUCUGCAGUAGCACACUUGAAGGUGUCAUGCUGUUGACACUUCAGAUAGUACAAACUUGAUAAAUGAUGGAGGAUACAGGAGCUUCUUUUCUUGAAGACGUAUAACACCAUUUUGUUCCAGGACUAGCACUGAAAAUCUACUCGUCUUUCAUAUAGGUUUCAAAAACUGGAAAGGAGCAUGUCUUUAAUUUAGCCCCUGAGUAUACAGCCCUUAAAAUUCAAGCAGUAUUCAGCUUCUACUGUAGCUCCGUCAGUUUGUUUAGUUGCUCUCUAAUGCUACAUCUGCUGGAGGCGAUGCAGUCAUUGAUUAAUUCAUGCACCUGUUUUUGUUACACACUCACAGAGGAGAGAAGCAAGAAAGCAGGAGCAAGCCAACAACCCAUUCUAUAUCAAGGCCUCGCCGUCCUCUCAGAAGGUGUGUUUCCAGAGUCGCCAAAAGGCUUUAUUGUGCACACAUACAACUGUUAAAUCCAGUCUGUUUUAAACCUUACAUAAACAUGACGUAAUGAAGUUAGUUUCAUUCAAUUAAUUGUUUAAAGUAUGAAAGUAUCAUGUCGUGAAUGAAUGUCUGUUCUAUGUAGGUGUACCAGGAAGGCCCUGGCGUGGAGCACAUCCCAGUGGUGCAGAUCGACCUCAGCGUGCCUCUCAAAGUCCCAGGUGGGGAAUGACCAAGACACACCAGCUUCACACUCAAAUCUUUCAAAGUGGUUUACUUCUGUUGAGCUCUAAGCUUUGCCAUUAAACAGCUGAGAUACUGUCUCUGCCGUUGGUAUUUGUGUCAUUUAUAAUAAAAAUGUAACAAAUAUUGUUGUCCUCUGUCACUCAGGUCUGCCGAUGUCUGACCAGUACGUGAAACUCGAGGAGGAGCGUCGGCAGAAAGAGAGAGCAGAAAAGAAAAAGAAAGAGAAGAAGAAGAGGAAAGAAAAGCGCAGCGGACGAGGGAAGAAACACGAUUCCGGCCCGGAGAGCGAGGAGGACAUCACGCCUGCGCACAUGGUCGACAUAGUUACAGAGGAGAUGCCAGAGGUACGCUGUAGCUGUGUAAAACAUCACAAAGAGUUGUCGAGUCAAACCAAGAAGUUACAUAUAUUAUGAAAUAUGUCACGGCGGAGACAUGGGGAAGAGGAUUGGAUCCUCUAUUUGGAUUCCCUCUGAGUCAAUCAAAGUUAAUGUUACUAAGAGGUUUUACUGAUGUAGACAUCAUCGUUAAAUUCAGUGAGUUUUCAGUAUUCAAGUUAUUAGCAGAACUCUUCACAUUUGAAGUGUUGUGGAUGUAGAUUCUGUUUAGAAAGUUAUGAUUCUGUUUUAUUGAUUCCACCUUCUUAUUACUUCAGAAUGCCUUACCCAGUGACGAUGAUGAGAAAGACCCCAACGAUCCUCAUAAAGCCCUGGAUAUCGACUUGGACAAGUGAGUCAACAUCAUGUGGAUCCUAAUACAACCAAACUACCUCAAAGUCAAUUUCACUUCUGUUAAACACAAUGUUAGAGUCACUCAGAGCGUUUUAUUUAUGUUUUCUGACGUAGCCAAUGAAUGUAUGUUUGACACUUUGAUUUGACCUCAGUCAUGCCUCAUAUUCAUGAUAGAAGUAUUUUACCCCUGAUCGUCCUAAACAUGCAAUAUUUAUCCCAGCUGAUGUGAUUCGGGCCCUUUCCCCCCUCUCACUCCUUCUCACGGCGUUCUACUUUCUGCUUCCUCUUUUCUAUGCCUACACACAUCCACUACUGCCUCUUUGCGUGGGCAGCUUGGUGGAGACGGCUAAGCGCAGGUGAGUUGCACCCGAGCCACAGAACCUGGGCUCCGACUCUACAUGGACUGCUUCUCUGCCUCUCUCUCUCACUCUCUCAGAUUAGUCGUCAUGUUCCUCUUACUAACAUAGCCGUCCUUUCUUUCCUCAUAUGAAGUUUGCAGUACCUGCUUCCUCUUUUUGCUCGAUUUUCCAUGUUUUCAAUAACUCUCUUGUAGCCUCGUCUAACACCCAGACUCCCUUUUCUCUCAGCCUGCUUCUUUUUUUCCAAGUUUGACAAUAUCAGCAGCUUAAACUCGUCCGUGAUUACUCUGUCCUUUUUAACAAAAAUAUUUAUAUGAAAAGAUCUCUCCUUAAAUGAGACUUUUAGAGUUUCAUGGAAAGCAGUUGUUGCUGAUGUUCUCAGGACUUGAUCUUUCUCAGCCUGCCCUUCUGGAAAUGGCUCCUAAAAGCAUUUUGGCGCUUCUCUCAGAAAAGAUCGUCUUCAUCACUGUGCUUCUAGGAAACUUAUCCCAGAGGUUAGGUGCUGCCUCAAAAGAACAAGAACAUCUCCAGAAUCAUCCGUAGUUUUGGUCUUAGUUUGGUACCUUUAAACUGUCUUGAGCUGUUUUCUAAGGGAAUACUGCGCUUUGCCUGCUCUUCGUGAAAAUAACAGACAUGUACCUUUAGAAAAAAGCUCUGGUCUUAAUUGAUAAUGUCGCUUUAGACUUAAUGGACACACACAGGGAUCAUUUUCCAAUCGAAUAAAAACAAGAUGAUUUAUCCAUCGUAAAGAAAAGUGAAAAUUAUAAAAAGAGGAAAAACCUGUGCGAUCUCCGUUAUCAAGUUGGUGGCCUUGUGUUUUUACAAGGAAUAACCAGCAGGGGGCUGCAUUGCCCACCAUGACUGCUUCACAUAGUGUGACUCUGAGUAAUAACAUUGAUAGCUCUUAUCAGUUCAAUAUGGAGAAAUUUAUAGGUAUAGUCUCUAGCUUUCUGGGAAUUUCCGAUGCUUGAAGCUCUGCCAUAGGAAUGGCUUACCUCAUUGCGCUGAAUGAGACCCGGCUGCUGCACAGUGUUGAAAAAAUGCUUGAAUUCAAUAUAACGGUGCACUAUGUGUUCCCUCUUUAAGCUUCUGCCAUACUACUGUGUGCUGAAGAAUAAAGGAAUAUGAAAGAUGUUUUCCAGAUGCAGGUGGACCACAAACACCUCAUAAUUCCUCAUUUUAACUCAGUUGAACUCAUACUUUUGCAUAUCUGUUUGUUCAGGCCACUUGCAGACAGUGAGAAGCUACCGGUCAGGUCACACCGUGCGGCGGAGGCUCCAAAGAGCCCAACAGAAGACGGAGAUGCAGAGAGUGCUGCUUUACAGGAGCCUAAAAAGAAGAGCAGCAAAGAAAAGAGAGAGAAGAAGAAGGAUAAAGAGAGGGAUAGGAAGGUGAGUUGACAUGUUUUUGUAUUCACAGCGUUCAUUCAUUUAUUAACUUUCCCUCUAGAAAGCACACUAUCCUCAUUUUGUUGCUCCUUAAACCAGAAGAAAUCCACAGAGAAGUUGGCGGACAUUUACAACAAGGAGCUGUUAAUGCUUAUCACUAUGGACUUGUUUUUUUUAUUUACAGAAAAGCAAAGAGGAGAAGAAAAAGAAGAAACACAAACAUGAGGAAAAGGAGGAGGAUCUUCUCGGCGGUCAGGCAGACGAGCCCGCGGUCCAGUCAGAAGAAACCAGUGAAGUAGCUGCACCGCCUACCUCCACGAGUGCCGAGGUAUGUCCCUGCAAAAGCCAGGUUGCUCUUCUACCUAGCAACCCAGUUUACGUAUCAAAGCGGAUCCAGAUCACAGUUUACUUGAAUGUAACCUGAUCCAAAAGUUACGCAGGAGUAAAGUUUAAGAAUUCUACACCAUAAGUAGUCAACAAUUUCAGCUAAAAGAUGACAUGAGAGAGAGAGAUAUUUGAUCAUUUUCAUUAACUCAACGAUUCCAUUGCUUCUUCCCAGUGCCUCUUUCAAUCAGCUUUCAGGAUCAAGUAUCAGUUUCCUCGUAGCUGACGGUGCAGGCUCUUGCCAAAUACUUGAUUUAUUCAUGAAAUAGAACAGUGUAAUCUCUGGAUCCAUUUUCAUGAAUAGUAGAAAGAUAAAGAACCUGUUUGGCCCUCACCCCUCUCACCUCCUCGCACUCCUCUCCCUCCCUUCCUCCUCUAGGUUUCGGAUCUGGAUUUCUGGCUCUCAAACGCUCCAGUGCCCUCUAACACCCAGGUUGAGUCAUCUCCCCCUGUCUCUCUUUCUCUGUCAUUCUCUCCUCUUCUCCUACACCUUUUCCUGAUCACCCAUCCCUCUUAAAAAAAGCGUCAUGUUUUAUUGAUCAACCUCACAUGUUGGUGUUUGUCAUUUGUUCAACCUUUUUUUUUUUGCCUCUUUCUUUGGAUGAGUUUUACAUCUCCCACAGCUCACCAUUUUGACACAACUUCCUCUCUUUCACAGGUCACAUAACACUUUCCUCUCUCACCCUCCAGCCUUCCUUUGUUUUCCAGCAUGUGUGUUUGUAUGUCUGUGUGCACACACGGUAUAUUGGUAUUUGUUUCAAAACGCCAGUGGUUCCCUUCUUCAGCUUUUGUUUUGCUCACUGGGCGUCGUGUCGGUCUUGAGGUCAAAAUAGAAGUGGUUGUUGUUGUGUUGUUGGUGGUGGUGGUGGUGACGACAAGUGAGUGAAGGUUGUCUGAGAUUCCCUGGAAGCUGCCCUGGGGUCAGUCCUUUUUGUGCCUCUUGUCACCAUGUGUCCUUUGGCUGCUUCCUCAACAAUCACAUUUUGGGGUCCUACUUUUAAAAACUGCAUAUAGAAACUCAGAAGACAUAUUUCAUACAAAAAGAUACUGAAAUUUAUCACAAGUCAGAUAAAGUUUCAGGCAAUUUUCAAAGCUUUCGGCUGUUGGAGGUUUGAUAGGGUAAUGAACAGCUGAUACCUAGUGUAAACCACUGACUGUUAAAAGUAGGUAAGAGAUGGAGGAAUUGACCUCCUGGCCUUGGUGCGUGCAAAAAACACACAAUUAACUUGCUGAGCAAAUGGCAAAGAUUUCUCAGGGAUUCGUAGUUUAUGAAAAAAACAGAUUUUUUUGUAGUUAGGUUGGAGGGACACCCUCUGUUAUGGACAGUUGUGCUUCCCCUUGCCAUUCUGCCCAUGCUCUCUCAGUCAUAAUGUUGUACCUAUAUGUACUACAUCAAAUAACCAGUUAAACUUAAUAUGUUCAGAAGACACUUUGACAUUAUAUAUGAACAUGAUAAAAACAAACUAUUAAGACAAAUAUUUGAGAUAAAUUUACGUUUACAUUCUAUUUAAACAGUGUUUCGACCUCAGCAGUAACCUCUGGUCUUGAGGAGUAACACCAAUGUGACAGUGCUAAAAACUGCAGUUCUUCAAGUGUCCACUUGAGGCUGGCUCCAGUAACCCUUGAAGCCACAUCAGCCUCUCCAAAAAAGCACAUCUUUACAGCUAAAGUUAAACAUUUCUACUCUAUAUAAAUAGUUUCUCUAUGCGUACAGAGGGUGCCUUUUUUAUAGCUCAAUAAUUAUGAAGAUCAGUUUAUAAAUUUGGGAGUAUUAAGGGUUGUAGCUGUUAGUGAGGGGGCUAAAAGGCUGCCUCAAAUACCCUUCCCUGCCUUUUGCCAGGUUAGUCUAAAGUUAGGGGUACUCAGCAAUUCCAACAUGGCAACUGUCACCAGUGGGCUUCACCACAGCUUCAAAAUCUGUUGAUUAAUGUCACUGAGACUAUGUCUAUAAUUUACAUGAGUCUAUCAGGGUUCCUACGCAAGAAUGGAAAGUAUGGAAGUAGUUUGAUCAGGUCUUAAAAAGUAUGGUAAAUGAGAAAUAAAGUAUGGAAAAGUAUUAUGUUUCCAGGCUUUUACUACAGUUCUAAAAUACUGUUCUCUAAAAAUAGAAAAGUACAGCCAAAAUGAAUUCUAAAAAGCAGGAUAUAGAAAAGUAUGGAAAUUCUUACUGUAUAGGAACCCUGGUCUAUGGUCCCAACUGUGGAGGAGGUGCGUUUUAUGAUAUGUACUGCAGCUUGUUGGAAGAGAAGUUGCGAAGGUCUUGGCUUCACUUAUAGAAGGUAUCAUGUCACCUGUUUUCGUACACUUAUGAAUUUCAACAUCUUCGAAACACAAGUUGGCCACAAUGACAAAUGACCACAUAUAGCUAUAUGCCAACAAAGACAGUAAUUAAAACUACUUAUUUUUAGGAACAGUCAGCAUGUUCAGCAUGUUUGCCAGCUGUCGUGAAUAAAUUCUUUCCGGUGAGAGAAUUUAAAUGUGAACUUUAAUGGUUUGUAAAAUGAUACAAUUUGCUUUUAGCUUAUAAUCUGAAAAUCCAAUAAUCGCUGUUAAUUAUUUUCAGAUAGAUAUGAAAGAAAUCCUCUGUGACAAUAGUUUGUGGUAACAUACUGUUGAAAAUUUCUCCCCUGAACCCUACUUGACUCUAACACCACCGUCACAUUGACUGAUUGUAUUGGAUCUCCUCUAGUUUCCCAGAGAGAUCAAGUCAAUUCACUGAAUUACAAAAUAGUUUCUCUGUCCCCUGAACUGAACUGGAUAGCUUUUCACAUGAAAAACAUGCCAGCAAAACCUUAGUUCAGGUUUUCAGCACAUUUAUCAUAUUGGGUGUGUUCAGUUCAAUUGGGGUUGUCAGUCAUUUUUAACUUUUUUUUUUUUUGAGUUGUUCGUUUUUCAUCAUGUUAGAUGUCAACACCAAAGGAAAAGAUCCUCUGACAUGCCUCAACAUGUUCACAUGUAACACUUGAUUUAGUAUAGACUGAGGAGUGUACAUUAGCACAGAUGUAGACUGUCACUAAAAUCAUGUACAUCAGGUUCUCUGAUAUCUUAUCAGCAGCUAGCACGGCUGGUUAGUACAGUCCAUCCCAAACAAAACAAAAGGAAGCCACCACACAUGUACAGCUGCCUUCACGCAUAACAUACAUGCGGGUUACUUGUCUGUGUUUGGGCUCAUUUGUCUGGUUGUCUGUCUUAAAGAAAUUAGAUCUAUGUAUUCAUGGUAUCACAGAGCUGAAUGAAUGAAUGACUCUUAUCAAUGAUGAGUUAACUCACCAACUUAACCUGAUCAACACAAACCUGGCAAACACUACUUUAUACCCUUCAUGCUGUGAGAGCUCACUGCUAAUGGCUCCAUGUGUUUUUGUGGUGGUGUGUGUGCAAACAGGAAGCAGCAACAGUAGCAGCAGAAGAAGCAGCCCCCGUGCCUGAGGCAGCCUCUGGCACAGCGCCAGACUCCGAGCCUGAUGAGCCCAAAGACACCGAGAUGGAGGAGUCUGUGAGUCACCAGCAAUGAUGUGAUAAUUACUAAAUAAAAAAAAGUUUGGCUGCUGUGCGAGAGGUUCUGGUUCACAAUGACCUGACAGGAUGCAGCACAUCAGCAGCUCUCUUCUCACAAGUCUGUGUAAAUGAUGUGCCAGAGACCUGCCAGUUAUCAUGUGGGCUCUGCAGAAAAAUGAGUUUCACUUCAUGUUUCACUGACCAAAUUUUCACCUUGUGAAUUUCUAACAAGUCACUUCCUUUUUUUUUUUGUUGCUGUGGGUUUCUCAAUGGUUAGAAGUCCUCCAAACACAAGAAGAAAAAGCAGAAAAAGGAAAAGGAGGAGAAGGAGAAGAAAAAGAAGAAGAAGCAUCACCACCAUCACCAUCACAGUGACGGAGGAGGAGGAGAGGAGUCAGUGCAGAACGGCACCGUAGAGGAUGAAGAGCCACUGCCGGUCAGUGUUUGUAUUUAGAAUUAGAGAUUAUUUUCACUAUAAAUUACUCAGUUUAAUUCAGUUACUCUGUAUUUUGCUUGUUAAAAAAUAAGAUCUUUAAAGUCUUCAAAAGCUUUUGUGUUUCCUCUUACCUCCAUUUAAUUCUAUGACUACUGCACACACUAGUGCACACACACACACUUUGCUCGUUAUGCUUUAACUACGUGAAACCAGCUCCUGUUGCUUCAUUAGCAUACCGAGUGAUAGAGAAUGCCUGGUCUGACCUGAGCUCUUCUGUCCUUUCAGCCCAUGUCCAAUUACUGCCUGCUGGCUGAAAACUCCUACAUCAAGAUGGUAAGUGGUAAAGAUUGAGAAGCUGUUCCUUUCAUUGCUGUGAAAAUUCAGGCCUUUACACACCAUUACUAAUAGUUAGUCUGUCAUUUAUCCAUAACCUGAAAUGACUUUUAAUCCACUCAUUUAAUUCUAGAUAUUUCAACAUGUACUUGUGCUUCUUUCUGUUAUUGUGUUUAACAUAACAAAGAAUAGGAAUUCUUUAACUUAUAAAAUCAAGUUCACUCCAGAUCAGUCUGUUUUGUUGAUGAGGGCAUACCCAUGUUAGUCUGUUUCUGGAAAGCAUGAGACAUUUUGGAUCAUCUGAUUGACCAUGUGAUGUUUGUCCUCAGUCGACCACGGUGUUUUCAUUUUGCUCCAUCGCUGCAAUGAUGUUAUAACCGAUUUUGAAUUCCAAGCUGUGGAAAAACCUGAUUUUCUUGAUUUUUAGAUGUACCUCUUUGGGGACAGAUUUCAAAAUAAUCUUGCUCAUCUUCACACUUUGCACAACUACAUUCAAUGUUAACAUUAUCAGAAAAACGCAGCAGUUUUCAAACAGAACAUAUGCAGAUCUCUCCUUCUUUUCUCCUUCUCUUUAAAGAUGAUGGAGGAUGCCGAUGAGGUACUGGUUGAAAUUCUGUCAGCGACAGAAUAUUAUUGAAACUCUCCUAGAUGUGUUUCCACUCUCAGUCUGAACUCUGACGCAAACUAUUGUUGUAUUUCUGUAGGAUAAUUCUGCCUUUGUGAUUGUUUAUUAUGCUCAGAGGGUUUCCUGGAAACUGAUGUGUGCUCUGGUGUUGGGUUUAUGAAUUCAACUUUCUGUAUUUGCUGUCGGGCGUCACCCAAGAGAUGACAAACAGCAAAUUUAACUCUAAAUUCACUGAGUUUUGUAUUCCUUUUUUGUUCUUUAUUACAAAAAAGGAGUACAAACAGCUUGAGUUUGAUUGUCUACUUUUGUGUAAAUAAAUUUGUCAAAUAUCUAAAACAUCUCUGUCCCUCUUCUUUCCGUUUACUUGCGAAGGUGAAUGACAUCCAGGGAAACCUGCAGGAUGGCAGUCAGGUGGUCGUGUCUGUUAUAUUUGAAAACAAGUGUGAAAGCUUUCUCAAAUCCAUGGAGUUCAAUGUCCUGGAUUCACUCAAUUCCAAGCUACAGAGGCCAGAGGGGUCAGGUCCACAUGAUGGCCUCACCGUCCCAUUCCAACUUCCACCUGGUCAGUGUUGAUCUGCAAAAAGCAUCCCUAUGAAAAUAGUCAUUUAAACAGUUUUAAGAUUCACAGAUAUUUUAACGGGUAUAUUGAUUUAAAACCUUGGAUUUGACUUAAUCUGACGUUUCUUCUUUCUUUCAGGGGUGUCCAAUGAAGCUCGGUUUGUCUUCACUGUGCAGAGCAUCGUGAUGCCACAGAAACUUAAGGGAACCCUCACCUUCAUAGUUAAGGUUGGUAGGUGACACACAAACACAGCAAAACAAGCAGGAUCGUCUUUCUUUUUCCGCCCUCUUAGCUUCCAUAAUGCUUACGUUUUUUUUCAUUCAUAACUUGUUUUGAGAUCUACUCGUAUAUUGAUAGGCUUUCCAGGGCUGCAGGUUGGCACGGUGAAGUUGUCGUCACGUGUUUUAGAAAGAUAAGGAGUUCUUAUUGCUACAGAUCUGAGUUUUGUAACCAACCCUUCACCUAUAUCUCUCUGGAGGUCUACAGGAAUCAACAUGUUUCUUUAUUGAUUAUUUGCAUUUGUUAUUGUGUUGUUUUGUGUGUCCACAGAAUGAGGACUCUUCCACUCAUGAGAAACUGGACUUUAAACUGCACUUUACCUGCACCUCCUACCUAAUCACUACUCCUUGCUACAGGUCGGUGUAUUUUUAAACCUUUUCUUUUUUUUCUAAAACAAGUUCUUGGCACAUAACAACCCAUAUGUGUGGGGAAGGGACUUCCUGGCAAUUAUAUACUUUUCUUUAAUGUUGUUUCUGGAUAGAGUCCAAAAUCUAAACAUUUUUCCCCUCAGGAUCACGACUGUGCCGAGAAGAUAUAGUGCCAAUGUUCUUAUUACAGUUUGUUUUUGACUGAGUGGGUGUAUUGACAGUUGGGCUUUAGGACAGUUAAAGAAAAGCGGAAGUGGGUUCAGUAAUCUUCAUGUCAAUCCGCCCAGUAGAUUUUGAUGUUUUCUGUGUGAAAUGUAAAUCUGUGAUGUGACACUGUCUUAGUCAUGUGAAGCCCACAGAAGGAAUCAAAACCAACUUCCUUUCUUUCUCUCUCUUUUUUUUUUGUUGGUCCAGUGAUGCAUUCGCAAAGCUGCUAGAAUCAGGCGACCUGAAGGGCAGCUCUGUCAGACUGGAAGGGGUAAACAUGCCCUUCCACCACCUACUGGCUCGGAUCUGCUUCCACCACCAUUUCUCCGGUAUGUACAUCCGAUGCCAAGUGCUAUGAGAAACAAAGAGACAAGAAGGGUAGGAUAUUCAGAAAAAGUGAAUGAUUGAACUGUUCUUUAAGGGAGUUUAUGACCACAUUAAAAAGGCUUCUGAAAGUCAAAGAAGUUUUUGACUUAAAUGAUUUGACUCUCUAUAAAACCAUAUAAUACUCAAGAUAUGAAUGUCUAAAUAACAUGUACCAUGAAGUAACAUAUUCAAAGUUUGAACACUGGCACACAUUUGCAAAUUUAAUCUGUGUAUGCAAAUACUCUGAAAGUUGCUGACACCAAAUUGUUGUGUUUCAUGGGAUUAGUUGUGGAGAGGAUCGACUCCUGUGCCUCCAUGUACAGCAGGUCUAUCCAGGGUCACCAUGUUUGUCUGCUGGUCAAAACUGUGAGUGAACUACUUGAACCCCUCCCCUUUUGUCUGUAAUAAUUUUUUGGGGCACUCAGAAUGUGAUUGUGAUAUUUUUUGUAUCUCUCUUUACCUCUUCUAGUCGGGUCAGACAGUGUCCAUUGACGCCAAAUGUGAUGAGCCGACGCUGCUUGGGAAUGUGCUGGAUGAGAUCAAGCAGACCUUCUCUCAGUGCUGAUCAUGUCUGACAGCCCCAGGGUGCCCCCCUUGACCCUUUCAUGCCACCCCCUCCUUCGCUGAAACACAACAUAAUCAUGUUAUGAAACACUGCGGCUGGCACCUCCAGUAUUGCCCUAUUUAUUAGUCCUCAGAUUCGCAAGACUUCUUCCCUCCUUCCCUUCUUCUUUAGUGUCCCUACACUCUUGUUCCUUAGCACUCUGAGCUCUGUGGUAACUCCCAACACUUGAUGUUGUUUUACAGACUCACUGUGUACGCGCAUCAUCUGCUCUGUAUUGCAACUUAAUUUUUACUUCCAACCCCAGCAGCCACCCUGUCCCUCCCUGACUCUGACUCUGUGCUGAGCUCCUGAUUCUGGACGCUCUACUUCAUCUGCUCUCUGCUGUGUUACUCUCUACACCCUCCACUCUGUUGGCAAUUCAGUCUUUGACAGUCAUGUAAUGUAAUGUUGACAACUGGACUUUUACUGUUUAUGGUUGGAUUGUGUUUUUACUGUUUUGAAGGCUUUUUUGUCUUUGGUUUGUUUGUUUUUUCGUUGUUGUUUUGUCUCUUUUUUUUUUUCUUUUUUGUCUGAAGCCUUUCUGCGCCUUUUCUCUUCCCCUUCUCUAUGCUCACUUACCAUCAGUGUGUGUAUUGCUAAUCUGUGUAGGAAAAGAACUGGAAAAGAAAAACAUUUGACUGACCUUUUCUUAAACUAGUCCUGGCUGGAAACAUGGGGUCUCUAACCUUCUCACCCACCACUGACCGGGUGCCUGGAAACGACCGGGCGCUGAGCAGCUGCAGUAGAAGCAUAGUGCUAAGAUGAAACCAAAGCUACAUAUAAGGCAUGAGUGUUAGACUCCUUUCCAAGCCGUUGCCCUACUUGCCACCAGGCAGGGCUCAGAGCAGAUCUACUGGUGUUAGUUCAACUGAAUCCUUAUGUGGCACUACGGGUGAUUUGUACAGUAGAUCAUAGUUUUGCUGCUCUGUGCCUUAGCUGUGCAGCCUGACCUACUACAGUGAGUUUUGGAGAGCCCCGCCUCCAUCCCCUAAUAUCCACCCUAAAUCAAUUGAGCAGCUGCAGUUUUGACUCCCAGUUUACAAACUUCUAACAUAUAAUUUCUCUCAUGAAUCAAAGAAUUUGAAGUGUUUACAAGAAUCAGUGAAUGAAUAUAUGGCACUAGAGAGGAAUUGCACACGGUUAUAUAAAAGCAGGAUAUCUGUCUGUCAGGCCAGUGCCACCUUUCAUCAGCACUCUUAAAUGGUUCGGUUAGUUGCACAGAAGAUUUUCUAUUAAAAAGAAAGUUAUUUUGAUGAAUCUGCUGUUGCUGAUGGCCCUUAUUUGUGUGAUCAGGCAGAUUAAAAACAGAAUAAUGUGGCAAAAAGAAAGCCAGCCAUGUUACAUCACUCGUGUCUGAUUCACUCGUGAUGGCAAAUGUUACACUAAACUGCUCUGCAUAUCAGUUUUUGAAGUUGUAUGCAGAGUUUAUUUAUGGUCAGUGGUUAAAAGUUCCCUCUUAAUUAGUCUUAGGCGACGUGGUUGCUGCUGUAUCAGCUUUUGCGAAGACAUGUAAAGCAUUAACAUCUGUGCCACCCGACCAGUAGCUGCUGCACCCGCACUGGCUGACACCUAGCUAGUGUGAACCCAGAUAAAUCCCAGAGUUCCUGUUCCCUUCAAAAAUUGCCUUGCCUUUUGUUUUGUUUUUUUUUGUUUUGUUUUUUUGUGCUUUGACAUGUUAUAAUGAACAUAUACGGCCAUUUUUGAAAGAAUGGCCUCAUUUUAGAACUCUCAGAGGUACGUGAUGUUUUAGUUUAUGUCAUUCAUGUCUGAAGUCACUACCCAGUCCAACACGACUUAACCUAGUAGUAGCAAGAUUAAACUGACUUGGUAGCGUCUCUGAUCAUGUUUCCUGGUAAGGCCAUCUUUACAUCCGUCUGCUAUUGUAGAUAACUAUGCUGAUGAUGAUGAUGAUGUCUGUGACCUGAAGUGCAGGUCAGCCAUUCCAUGACAUCUUCUGUCCAGUAGUAGAGUUACAGUGAAGAGGUGAUCAGCUGUAUUUCAGGAAUGUCUAUUGAAAAUAAUUAUCUAUGUAUUUCAUGUUCCUGAAAAUGACUGGUGUAAGUGAAACAAAAAAAAUACCAAAUCCCCCAAUCAUACAUUGUCCGAAUUUUGAUCAUUUUCUUGUGCAUAAUAAUUGAUUAAAAUUUGUAUAUUGCAUGAUUAAGAAUGUACACAUUUUAUUUUCCCUUUUUCUGUUCCACUGACAUGCUUACACAAACAGAAACUUAUCAUUCCAUUUUUCCAUUUUCUUUAUAUUUUUUUUAUGAAGUUUACUUGACCGUUCUCUAUUUUUGAUGGUAUUGUGUUUUUAACUACUCUAAGUUCAAACAAUAUGAAAAAGAGAUAUUGAAUGUUUUAAAUUAUUAUUCCUAGAGUAAGGAAGGGGGUUCUAAUUGGUGUCGUGACACUGAGGGCAUGGAGCUUAAAAAAAUAUAAGUUGAGUAGAACAGACCACGUGAAGCAGUGUACUGGGAGGCCACCCGCUCUGUCUUAAUUCUUGGUUCAGUUGUAGUGAGUUCCUUUACCGAGUUUGGCUUGUGACAUUGAAAUAUACUCUCAGAUGACUCUUGAAUUUUGAAGGUCCUGUCUUUUUAUUUCUCCAUAUUCAAUUAUUGAACUGUACAAUGUAAAAUGUUUUAAAGGGGACUACAUAAAUGAUCUACAUUCCCUUUGGAGAAAGUCCACUGAAUUAAAGUAAAGGCUAUACAAAGCUGCUGUAGUCUUUCUUUUGUUACCCUGGACUUCUGUUUUAAGUGGCUUCAGGUGUCUAGUUGUGGUGUUAGCUUUUCCCCUCUCUCUCUUUAAAUGCAAAGACUGCCUCGAGCACAGUGAUGCUUGAUCUAUUGAUCACUACUGCUUGUUGUUUUGAUAGAACUUUAUUUCCCAGAAAGCCUUUCGUGACAGGAGCAAACGAGACCUCUUCACUGACUGACAGCGAGCAGCUGAGUUAGUGGUAGGAGGAAAGACCCGGUCGGAGGUAUUGGUGUCAGGAUUUCUAAGAAGAAUAUCUCUCUCUGAACGCAGGGUAGCCCAGCCGCCCACUUUCUUUAAUAAAAAAAAGACCUAGUCUUACAGUUUACUGGGUAGACACAAGCUAGCUUUUCGUUGACAUACCUCUAUACUAAACAACCGAGCAGAGCUUCCUUUUGGAGUUUCAAAAUAAAACUCAGUUCAAGCAAAGUUUACAAAUAUUUCUAGUGAAUUGUUUGUCGAACUUCUACUAAUUGUGUUAUUACCACUUUUGAAUUUAUGUGGCAAUAAGUUGAUAGAUAUGGCCUUAAAAAAAAUUAUUGAAUUCUGAUAGAAUGCAUAUUAACCUUUAACCAACCACAAGUGGAUAAUUUGUUAAUUUGAUAAAAAUGGGAAACUAAAUCCUAGAUGGAUGGAUAGAUAGAUAGAUAGAUAGAUAGAUAGUAGGGCUGGGACGAUAUGCUUUUCUCCUGUUUUGAAUCUUCUACGAUUGUUUGGAUACCGAUUCAAUUUAAUUCGCGUUUCUAUGACAUUGUUGAUUUUCUUGAUUUUUAGUCUGCAUUUUUUACACCAGUGAAACAGUUGAAUGAUUAUGAUUUUCUACUGACUAUUCCAGGAACCAUAUUUACCCCCAAAAAACACACAUCACAUGUAAGUCAGUAAGUCAAGAUUUAUUCUUAAAUUUGAAAAAAAAAAGCGAGUUAUGAACAUAAAAAUCGGUUUACAAAUUGUGAAACAAAAAUUCGCGAUACUUAUGUGAAUCAUUUUUUUCUCCCACCCCUAAUAGAUAGAUAGAUAGAUAGAUAGAUAGAUGGAUGGGUAGGUAAGUAGGUAGGUAGAUAUAUAGGUAGGUAGGUAGGUAGUAUAUAGAUGCGAAUCUUCUACGAUUUUUUGGAUGCCGAUUCGAUUUAAAUUGCGAUUCUAUGACAUUGUGGAUUUUUAGUCUGCAUUUUUAACACCAGUGAAACAGUUGAAUGUUUAUGAUUGUCCACUGACUAUUCCAGGAACCAUA